AUCAGAGCUAUGACCUACAGCAUUAAAACAAUUAACUGAAGUGGAACAGAUUUAAAUAGAUUUAAGAGUGCUGACGUUUCCUAGAAAAGCACCCAUCUAAGACCUUGCAAUGUGUGUGCGUAUGAAAGAGUAUUUAAAGAGAGGGAGAGGAUUUUGCAACAGCGGUGAUUCUGAAAAGUGUCUCAGUUCUUCUUGCAGUUUGCGUUUCUGUUUGACUUCAUCAUGCAGCAAAUAUACACACAGAGCCAUGAAGAGUUUGAGGUGUUCACCACUGUUCUGUCGCCUCAAGUUUGUCGGAAGAGAGUGAUGCUCAAGCACCAGGGAGAAAUGGUGGUUGUGACGGCAGACUACAGCACAGACUGUGAUGAAGAGCUGUGCGUCCGUGCCGGAGAGACGGUGUUGCUUCUGUAUCAGGAGAAUGCUGACUGGUGUUUCGUCCGACUUCAGAACGGAAAGGAAGGAUACCUGCCCACAGUCUGCUUCACUACGAAGCAGGAGCCAUUGAGGCCCAUCGUGACUCAGACAUCGCAAAACUUUACUCAAGCGGCGUCUAAUGAUCGCAGUAGCUGUUCUGGAGGGCGCUCUUUCAAACUGCCGCGGCGAGCGUCUCUGUCAGGAGUGCCGGGUUCACCUCGAUUAUUUCAGCGGCUGCUCUCUCGUCGACGUAGUGAUGGACAUGCCGUACGUUCAGUUGGCUCCAUCAAUCCCGCAUUUCACCCUGACUGA